CUCAAGUAAACACUACACGCGAUAACGAUACGACAGUGAAAAAAGCUUGACAGAUGACUGGCCUGUGCAAUACAAAGACAAUCCUUCUGGUUCUCAUGAUCACCGAAACGGUCAUGUCUGUUCCGUUGCCGAAAUCAUCGCGUCGAAGAAAACCUAAUUCUAACGGCAAUAGACAUUUACUGCAAGUACAUAAUUUCAGUAAAGCCUUGAAUCUGAAAACGCCGACGAACAAGCGAACAUACGUCCUGUGGUCGGGAAACGGACUCGUUUUUCUACAGGCGAAUAAAAAUCUCAGCCCUGGAACAAAUCAAACAAGAGGACCAUAUGCGGAAUUCGUACACGAAAUGAUGGCGACGGGAAUUGUGAGGCUCUAUAAUGCCGCAACAAAGAGAUAUCUGGCGAUCAAUCGAAGAGGGAGGCUUUUAUUACAGGUUCUCGUCAUUCUUCUACUCUCGCAAACAAUACUCACGUCAAGUAAACAAUUUGGCAAUACAGUACGUUCAAAACUCAAAAAGGUUUCCUCAAAUAUAAAUAACGGAAUUGCGGCGAGGAGAGCAAAUCGUAAUUGGCGAGAGGAAGUGAAGGAAUUGAAAACCUUGCCUUAUAAUGGCUUGCUGAGCGACCUACCAACCAAUGUGAUAAAAUGUCGACUAUUUUCCAAGACUGGUUAUCUCUUAAAGAUGAGGGCCAAUGGAGCCGUGCACGGGACAUUGAAUCAAAGCAGUAAAUAUACUAUAUUUGAACUACAGUCCUAUGGUCCUAGCAUCAUUCGGAUAAAAAAUCUUGCCACAAACUAUUAUCUUGUAAUGAAGAAAAAUGGCUUAUAUACAGGAGAUAAACGAUCUGGCACUCUACAAAGUCUAUUCCGUGAAACUCAUAAGUACAACGCCUUCACCUCAUACUCUUCAGUGAAGUUCUACCACAAUAUUCCGUACGAUAUGUACCUUGGAAUUAAAAGCAAUGGCAAAAUAAAGAGGGCGAUGAAGACUCAUCGGGCACAGAAUUCCUCGCAAUUCCUUGUGAUAAGGAUCUAACACUGAAAGCUGAUAGUUACCAAUUGAAUAUGAAAGAGUUAAUCAGAAAUCGUGGUGGCUGUAGGUCUGGAUUUUAGAAAGAGAUUAACGCUGUAAUUAGGAUUACAGAAAAUAAUAAGAAUAAUGGCGUUUUAGUCAUUACGUAUAAAAAAAUGAAAAUAGCUUAGUACUUUCAAAACGACGGAUCCAUGAAAAAAGUUUGUUGUUUUUUUAAAGCAAGAAACUUCUAUUUGACGAAUCACUAUAUGCAGUUAAACACACAUGAAUCCUCUUCAAAUAUUUCAAAUUUUACCGGGAUCGAGUCGAUUCGAAAGUGAGUGGCAAUUGCACAUUAAUUUAAGUAGCUAUAGCCAUUAUAAAUGUCUUUGUUUUCAAUUCCUGCACGAUCUGCAUGUGAUUUUGAGUGCGUGACUUGUAAAGUGCACUUGAAAAUAAUGCGGAGUGAACGAGAAUGCAUGGCCAUAUUUGUAUAACAGCCAACAAUGACGUUUUUGAAAGUAAGGCUGGUUCCUUGGAAAUGUCGAUUAGCUGAACAUGCAUGUAUAUAGCACUUGCGUCUCUGACUGGUUUUUCGUAUGGGAAAAGGACGCCUGAGACGUCUUUUCUUUGCUAAGCCUAACGGUCUUUGUCUCAAACGGAGAAUAGUCUACAGGUUCAACCGCAGGAAAUACUGACAGAGUCAGUAUAGUUGUUGUGGAGUCAACGACACAAACUAUUUAUCAUACUUCAG